UCUCUCUCUCUCUCUCUCUCUCUCUCUCUCUCUCUCUCUCUCUCUCUCUCUCUUCACCUACGUAUCACUCUCUCAGUGCAUGGUGCUGGCUGGAAUAGGUGUCCCCCUAACUCUGGGGUAUCAAAAUGCACCACUGUAAAGGGCUGUAAUGUGAAUUAGGCAAUUAAGAUUUAAUAAUAAUAAUAAUAAUUUCUACCGGUAUGAGAUGGAACUGAUCUUCUUUUUUUUUGGAAUUUUAGCAUGUAUGUUAUCGUUGAAUUCUUGGAAACGGGAGAGGUGGAGGCUGUGCCAGACACUUGGAUACAGGAAAACAGCGUGCUAUGGCCACCACAUUCGAGCGGGACAAUAAAAAAUCUGAUAAAGAAUCAUGGUGCCCCAAAGGAGUGUUGGAUUACAUACGAAAUACGUAAACUAACCACUGCAAGUGAUUAUGACAAAGCCAGACAAAAGCUUCGAAUGGCGGAAUACACAUCUGACCUGCAAUCAGAGGAGGAUAAUAGUACACAGAAAAGAAAGAAAAGGCCUACUUUAAGGUACAUUUCCGAAACUGAUAGUGACUUGGAGGUUUCCCCACCACUAAAAAAGAAAGCAAUGGGGAGAAGUUUCUUGCCGCUGCCACCACCACCACCAAUGCAGCAGCAGAGCGUAUCUGUGGUGCCUGAAGAGACGACACAACAGGCACGUCAGAGAGACACAUGCUCAGCAGUGCAGCGACAGAUCUUACGAAUGCUUGAGGAGAUGCGAGAGGAUGUCGCUCACAACGCGAGAACACUAAACACGAUAUUAAAAGCUACAUCAAGAGGACAGGAGCAGCUGGAAGGUGCCACCUUGCCAGAAGGUGUGACCUUCCCUUUACAAACAAUGGAAGAGCUCGAACACCUGGAGGUGUUGCUGGAGGAUUCCAGCGUAGAAAAAUCAAUGAUUGCCUAUCUCCACAUCACUGGCAGAGAGCAGUCCAGCGAAAUUGGUCGCCGAGUCCUGCCGAAAAGUCACUAUCUGGUUAGCCUGGCCACCGCCUUCAUUGCCAGGGAAGGGAAGCACAGAGAGGCUCAAGCAUUCUGA